AACCCCGUUUUCACCGGGCGUAUACAGGCCAAUUAGAUAUCAAGGGAAAACCGCAAAGGAAUAGGAUGGGAUUUUCGAGUUUACUUAGACUAGAGAAAACUAAUAAUUAAAAAAUAAAAAAGAGUAAGACAUAGGGAUAUAUUUCUAUAACCUAUCAAUCUUUCCAAAAAUCUUUAUUAAAAACAUAGGCCUAUGUUUGAUCCAACACUUCCACGUGCACUCUGAAAAUAGGCCACAGUCUCUAUAUUGUUUCUGAACCGCAGUCCAUGUCUAGCGGGUACAGAACCAAAUCGCUAAAGACGCGUCUGACAUUGCGUGAUGCUCACGGACUGAUUGGCUUUCGUCUGAGACGCCACGCUGGUAAUCUGAGGCAGCUAUGCCUCCUUUGGUCGGACCUAUAAUCAACUCUUUGUCAGAAUUUUGGGUUCACAUUUUAAAUUAGAUCCACUUCCAAGUAAUUUAGCCUUGUUAUGUAUGGUCUGACCAUCAGGAGAUACAUGCGCACUUUUCAAUCAAUAUUUACAGUUAGUGUUCUGUUAUAGUGGUUACUUACGAUGUUAAAACCUAUUUACAACCAUCAACAAUAUUUACGACAAUACAUACGUAUAGACAGCUUUUUAAAAUAAAUAAAAAUUCAGGUUUGGCUUGACAUUGCAGCUGUAAAAGACGAGAAAUGUUGCAGAAGUCUCAAUGAAAUACGAAGAGGAAGUCAAAACGGUUAUUUUGCACACGACUCCUGGUGCCAGUAGUGGUUUACACACAUUUACACACUUAAAGAGCAGCACUAGCAGAGUUUGCAUACUUUGAAUAUUUGGUUUCCUCCUCAUCAUUAUCUAUGGCACAUGCAUUUUAUUGAGACAAGUGGUUCUUCGAGACAAUCUCCGUUACAGAAAUAACUGAAUAUAACAUACAUAUAUAUAUAUAUAUAUAUAUAUAGUAGAAAGUGUCUUUAAAUUUGGCUUUAUCGGUCCUAGUAUGCAAGCAGCAGAUGAGAAGACAAAGCUCCUUCAGCAACAGCGGUUGCUCCGGGCGUCACAAGCUUCCAGUGCUGCAGAGAAGCUGAUUGGCCAGUGUCACUGUCACUCAUCCACUGGCGAUUCCAUUGGCCGCACAGAGGAGAAACGCCGGGCCCGCCUCCAGCUGUACAGAGCCUCCACUGUCUGUCUGAUCUUCAUCAUUGGGCAGGUGGUGGGCGGCUGCCUGGCCCACAGCCUGGCCAUCCUGGCGGACGCCGCCCACCUGCUCGUCGAUUUCGCCAGCAUGCUACUGAGUCUCUUCUCCCUCUGGGUAGCCUCCCGACCCGCUACCAAGGUCAUGAGCUUUGGCUGGCACCGGGCAGAGAUGCUGGGCGCCCUACUCUCCGUGCUCUCCAUCUGGCUGGUGACAGCCGCCCUGGUCUCCAUGGCGGUAUGGCGGCUGAUGUCACAGGACUUCCACAUCGACGGCGGCAUCAUGCUCAUCACGUCAGGCUGCGCCGUGGCUGCAAACAUCGUGUGCGGCUCCCCGUCUCGGAUGGGCAUCACCCUCCACCAGUCCGCUCAUGCCCACGGCCCCUUUCGCAAUGGACCAGGACCCCAGAGAUUGCAGCCGAACGCCAGCGUGCGUGGAGCCUUCAUCCAUGUGAUCGGCGAUCUGCUGCAAAGCCUGGGAGUGCUGCUGACUUCCUAUGUCAUCUAUUUCGAGCCGGAGUACAGGAUCAUCGACCCCAUCUGCACGUUCCUUUUCUCUGUGCUCGUCCUGGGGACGACCCUCACUGUGCUGCGGGAUGUCCUGACGGUGUUAAUGGAGGGCACACCGCCCGGCCUCCACUUCACGCAGGUGAAGCAGUCUCUGCUGUCCGUCUGCGGCGUUAGGCAGCUGCACAGCCUGCACAUCUGGGCCCUGACAGUCAACCAGCCCAUGCUGUCCGUCCACAUUGCCGUGGAGGACGGUGCUGAGGUGCAGACCUUGCUGAAGGAGGCCAGCCAGAUGCUGCAGUCCCAGUACGGUUUCCAUACCAUCACCAUCCAGAUUGAGGACUACUCUGAAGACAUGGUGCAUUGCCACCAAUGCCAGGACCCUGCAGAGUGAUUGUGGUGUGUGUGUCUGUGUCUGUGCAUGUGUAAUUUUGUGCGUGCCUGCGUGUGCUCUUCCAUCAUCAUGUGACAGAGAGGAAAUCGAGUCCAGGGUAAACAAACAGGGAGCAGUAGUUCAUGGCUGAAGCAGACUUAAGAAAUACACCUGUGUUUUGUUUUGUUUUGUUUAUGCCAAGCUGAAUGCUGGGCUGGGAUCAGCCUCGGGUCCCACUUGCCCCCGCAUGUCCUGUGAUCUAGACACUGUCAGCUGUGUAGUAUUUUAAUGAAAAUGUAUUAUAGCUACCAAAUGAAUAAAUCCUGAGAGGUUGCGUUGGG